UUCUCAAUCAGGCUGAAGAACAGAGUUUGCACAUGCCUGUCUAACCCAAUUCGCCGUCGAUUGACUAAUAACACCUGCGGAAGGUAGAAGGUUGCCUCAUAGUUUGUGAUAACACAUUUUCGAGGCAUCAUUAUCGUCAUCGCAAUUGCUUAACGACUUUGCGCUCUUUUACGAUCGCAAUAUGGCUUCCAGUGGAUCGAAACCAAUUGAGACGAAAUUGUGGGGAGGUCGCUUCACGGGCGGCCUCGACCCUCUGAUGGAGCAGUACAAUGAAUCGCUACGAUUCGAUCGUGCCCUCUAUGCUCAAGACAUAGCGGGAAGCAUAGCGUACGCCCGCGCGAACACAAAGACCGGAAUCCUCACGCAAGAAGAAUUUAAGAAGAUCGAGGAGGGCCUUCUGGCAGUCAAGGCAGAAUGGGAAAAUGGCACCUUCCAGGUGAAGCCCGGAGACGAAGACAUACACACCGCUAACGAGCGGCGACUUGGCGAGAUCAUCGGCAAAGAAAUCGGGGGUAAGCUGCACACGGGGAGGAGCAGGAAUGACCAGGUCGCAACAGACAUGCGCAUGUGGUUGAAUGUGCAGCUGCUACAGCUGGAGGGCUGGUUGGUCGAUCUCCUCGAGGUUAUAGCGCAGAGGGCCGAGGCCGAGAUCGAGCAUGUCAUGCCAGGCUACACGCAUCUGCAGCGAGCUCAGCCUGUGAGAUGGUCGCAUUGGCUUAUGUCAUAUGGUUCGCAGCUGGCGACGGACCUGGAGCGGCUGCGAGAAACGAGGAAGCGGGUGAACAGAUCACCCCUGGGAUUCGGUGCACUAGCAGGUAACCCAUUUGGCAUCGAUCGCGUCUCCAUGGCGAAAGAACUCGGCUUUGAUGCCGUGCUGCCUAACUCCAUGGCUGGAGUAGCAGAUCGAGACUUCAUCAUCGAGACUCUGCAGUGGGGCUCCAUGCUCAUGAUCCAUCUAUCUCGCAUGUCGGAGGAUCUCAUCAUCUACGGCACUGCAGAGUUUGGAUUCGUUCAGCUAGCGGACGCAUACUCCACAGGCUCAUCUCUGAUGCCUCAAAAGAAGAACUCAGACUCGCUCGAGCUGUUGCGAGGUAAAGCAGGUCGCGCAUUUGGUCAGCUGGCUGGCCUGAUGAUGGUCUGCAAAGGCAUUCCCUCCACCUACGACAAGGAUUUGCAGGAAUCGUGGGAGCUCAUGCUCGAUCAUGUGAAGACUGUUGGCGACAGCAUACAGAUCGCAACGGGCGUGCUUAGCACCCUCACAAUCUUCCCGGAAAAGAUGGAGGCGGCGCUCACGCCAGACAUGCUGGCAACUGAUCUUGCAGAGUAUCUAGUCCGAAAGGGCGUGCCAUUCAGGGAAACGCAUCACAUCUCCGGCCGCGUGGUCGCACUUGCAGAGCGAGAAAAGCGACCGAUGGAUCAGCUGACCGUCCAGGAGUUGCAAAACGUUGAUAAGAGAUUUGGAGACGACGUCAAAUCUGUGUUUGACUACCAACGCAGCGUUGAGCAGAGGACAAGCAUCGGUGGAACGAGCCGAAGUGCGGUGAGGGAGCAGAUUGAGAUGCUAAAGAAGGCACUGAAGGGUGAAAAGCCUGCGAUAUAGAGACUGACAACUCAGCAAGACAUUAGCUUCAAGUAUCUGCAACGCCUUGGGUGCAAGUCCAGUUGAUGUCUCCCGCAAAGCUGAGAAGAAUUUCUCGUGUUGAUGAAGAGGUGUAAUUUCCCGUAAGCCGUUUGAAUGCCUUGCAAAAAAUAAGAUAUAAUCUACAGCCUAGCGAACGCAGUAUUGUUGUACACAGCUGUGCCCCCUACCCUUCAAAAAGUUAUGAGGGACGGAUACACGUGAAGGCCAUGCGUAGGACUUUCGAUAUCAUUUUAUGCUUCGACAGUACAUUGUAAAGUUGUAUGGAAGAAUUAGGCACAGACUUUAUGACAUGAGGGUGCCCAAUACCGUACUCGGAACCUUCAUAAUUCAUAUUUUUUUUUGUUAUCUUGCGAUACUGGC